GUUUCACGGUGCUGCAGCGGCUCGUCGGAAUUUCAGGCCAAAAAAACUGAACAACCGGAGACUUUCUGACCCCAUUGAUCCCCCGGUAAUCCCCCGGUGACCCCCCGGUGAUCCGGCUGGUGCUCCGCUGUUCGACUGAAGAGCGCAGCAGACGAUGCUCUAAAACACCAAAGAAGUGUCUUGUUUUCCUCUGCAAAGACCCAAGUUCUCAGGAUGUUGUUCAGGAAACAAAAAGAGGAUUUACAUUUUGGAUUUUGAUGUCAGCAUGGAGAACAUCGAUGAAUACAUCUGGCAGCGCCGCAUCCACCACGGGGUUCGGCUGCAGAAACGCACCGUCCCAUUCCCAGAAUCAGUGAAGGCAUGGUUUGGACUUCAAUGCAGCGUUGGAAAGGAAGGACAAGUUGGAUCCGAGGCUGCUCACAAACGCUGUGAUGCUGGAGCUUUGCGUAUUUGCAAGAACUGUGACGCAGUCCAACAUAUAUUUCUUAUUGGAAAUGCUGGACUUCAACUUUGACCUCGGCGUAGACUUGGACAAUGAUCAGCAGUACUACGAGUACGCGAGGCGUGCUCAUAAUAAAAUAACGGUAGUGAAGAAUAGAAUCAUGACGAAAACUCAUCAAAGACAAAAAAGAUAAAUUCUCGCUACCAGACAUAAGCUUUUUAGUUAAGAUCACUGCAAAUGAGCAGCCCGGACGCUACUACCCUAAAAGAAACAAAAUGGUUGAUACUUCGGUACUUACUGAUGGCAGCAGGAAGUCAGCAGAAUCUCAGAAGACGAAGAUCAGUGAAGUCACGUCAAUGAUGAAGAGACCAGGAGGACUACGAGUCAAGGCUAGAUCUUACCCAUACUGUGAAGACCUCGGUGUGUCUCUGUUUGUACGACCAGAAGACGCACCCAAAGACAAACUCGACCCAAAUCCACUAACCAACGGUGUGAUGCUUGAACUGCUCGACUUUUCGCGAGUUCUUUGCGGAACGCACAACGGGAUAGUUCACGACUUGAUUCAGCAAAACUUCGGCACAAAGUUUGAUAACACAUUUUUCAGUUUGCAACUACCCAAACUGUUGGGGAGGAAGAACGCCUGGUUCAGAACCAACGAUAGCGAGGCUUUCCAAAAGCAGACUUAUGAAAUCAAGACAUUGGAGCCGAAGCGAAGGAAGCGAAAAUCCCCAGAUUACCAUAACUUGGAAGAGCUUGUGGCAAUUAAGCGAAGGGAAACGCUGAGACAUGACGAUGUUAACGCUGAUGUUUGUCCGGAUAGUGACCUGUCUCACCGGUGCCCGGUUGACUGUGAUACGGAAAUGCAGUUGGAGUCGGAGGCAGCAUCGGAACAAAUGGUGUCUGAUGGUUGUUCAUCAGAAGCCAUUUUUUCUCUGGAUGUAAAGCAGGAAGGAGAGGAAGUUUUUGUCUCUCAAGUGAAGCUUCCGACUUAUAACUUCAACCCUGUUUUGCCUAAGAUUCUUCCAAAACACACAACUCUGAAAGCAGUCUCAGAUCUGUAUGUUGAAGAAGAAAAUGAGGACACGAAAGUUACAACUCACAAACAAAAGCUGUGGAUGAGGAGGGCUCCUCGCUCAAAACAAAUCCUGAAGUCUAGCAGAGUAAACGACAAGUUUGCCCGCAGCGGAGAGAUAGGUUUAGACUUUAACGUGGGCUCGUGUAACAAGAAGAGCCUGGAUCUACAACUAUUCACCAACAACACGUUGUGGGAGGUUUAUAAAUUCGGUAUAAUGAUGUCAAAGACUGUACGCGGUUUCUUAUUGGAAGUUCUGGACAUGAACUUUAACCUGGUCAUCCUAGAUCAUUAUCAUGAGCUCAACUUUUUAAGGUUGAUGUCUAAAGAGAAGUUCCUAGAGAACCACCCUGACAGGCAGAACACUGAGUUUCUAAACAGUGUCUUUCAGUUCCCGGAUGUUGUGACCAGCGUCUUUCAAACUGGACCAGAAGUUGAGACGCUGCAGGAGACAAGCUUGGAUUCGAACCGGGGGGAAGAUAUGGAUCCACACCCGUUUUGUAAACAGUUAGGCCUCAACCUUUGGUCCACAGACGCACGCCCGGCAGGCCAGAAGAUGGAUUUGGCGGCCCUAACCAACGGAGCCGUGAUUGAAAUAUUCAUGUUUGUCAGAGAGUUGUGUAGCUCGCCCCACAGGAUAGUCUACGACAUUCUGGAGCACAACUUUGAUCUUGAUCUGCAAAGCAGAGAAACCAUGCAGGUGAUCCAGAGAUGGUACGCCACACAGAAAAGAAUGAGCAUAAAGUCAAAGGGUUUAGUUACCUGGAAGAAUGACCUCGUCCCAUUGAGUGGCCACGCAGAGCCAGAACCAGAGUCAGAGUCAGAACCACCAAUAUCCAACCACCAGGAGGGUCUGGAUUCAGAAGAUGUGAAGCCAAAAAGGGAGGCUUUAAUUGGAGGUUUUGAGAAAAAGGUCCUCAGCUAUCACAUCUGUGAAGAAAUAGGUUUAGACCUAAACAUCCGAUCGCAACAAGGACCCAAAACAAAACUCGACUUGCAUUUGCUGACGAGAGGAGUCCUCUUUGAGAUGCACCAGUAUGUGAGACAAAACUGCAAACCGGUACAUUCCUGCUCUGUACGAGAUUCUGGAGUACAACUUCGACCUGAGCUCGCAGAACCAUCGGAAAGUAGAGGUCGCCUGGUCCAUUGCCUCUCAGGUCAUCGCAAUAGCGGCUAAACACGGCCGAAAGGGAGACUAUCUGAACAAAGUGAUCGAGUUGCCUGUUGAGAUCACAGAAUCUUCGCAGUCCGUCUGCAAAGAAGAGCCCAAAGACGAAUUCAUCAAAGUAGACCUAAACAAUGACGAUGACAUUGUGUUUGUCCGAGAACUGAUGCCUGUUGACAUAGACGUGAUGAUAGAUUAACAUCGCUGCUCCUGUAGUGAUCAGAUUGGUAUUAUGAGUCAUUCGCCCUCUGAAAUCCAAGACGAUGUUUUAUUUCACGUGUUCUGUCUAAAACGUAUAUUUACUACCACAUAAGACAAAGAAAAGCAGCACAUAUUGACAAUCGAGACAUUUGCUUGGAAUCAUUGCAGGAAAAAAUACUUAAAUGUUAAUCCUGUCGCCAAGGCCAUUGUUAGGAAAGGUCAAAUAAUCAAUAGUUCAAAAUGUUGUCGUUUCUUCCACGCCCGUGCUUCACCCCUCUACCAAAGUACAACCAACACAAAACAGUGUAUAACCUUAAUGAAGGUUUGGUUCAUUGCAAAGCUACAGUAUUUGGUUGCAUUGCUUUAAGAUGGCUGUUUCUUUUCAUAAUAACAUGAAAACUGAAUGUAAAUAUUGUAUAUAAACGUGUUUUUUCCAACCUUCAUUACAUUAAUGGUAAAUACACUGAACAAAAAUAUAAACACAACACUUUUGUUUUUGCUCCCAUUUUUCAUGAGAUGAACUCAAGAUCUAAAACAUUUUCUAUAUACACAAAAUAACCAUUUCUCUCAAAUAUUGUUCACAAAUCUGAAAGAAUCUGUGAUAGUGAGCACUUCU